GUUAGUAUUACACGUGAAUAUAUAUAUUCUAACAGACCUCAUAUAGCACAAAACGCACGCUGUAACGAUCGACCUGAAUGAUGAGACGAAGGAGCAAAAAGACAUUACUAGCACAAAGACCUACAAAAGUUGGUUAAAGACAGAAAACAUUGCCUGGAGUAUGGGAAUCACUGAGUGGGAUUGCUGAAUGGAUACCUAUAUUUGACAAGAGGACACAAUGAUAAAGUUAAUAUUGACAACGGGUCGGCAGCAUAUAUUUAGUCGCUUUGUAAGGAGAUUCACCAUUGUUCAUAGCUAUGGUACAAAAGCUGGUCAAUAUGAGGACUUGAACCGUGCCUCCUUCGACUUUAACCAUGCCUCCUUCCAAAAGGCUACUUUUUAUCUGCAUAACUAUGUACAGAGACUCCCAUACAAAGACAGCAAAUGUAUCCCCAAUGACAAAAUAUUACUUUCGGUUUCCGAUGUAGAAGAACUUCAGUCUUGUCAAUCAUGUGUCGAGGCUUACAAAAGUAUUUUGAGUGAGGAUUGCAGAAUCAAUGCCGUGAAAGUUAACAUUUUAGAUGCAAUCCAGAAGAAAAUUUGGAACUUCCAUAUAAUUGAUUUAGACUUUGAACAAUCCUUUGAACUCAUUGAGAGGAGUAUCUUGAGGAAAUAUCCUUGUGAGCACUUAAUACGCGCCCUGUUCAUUAGAGCAACAGAAAAGUUUGAGGUGUAUGACUGGGAUGCAACAUCCAUCACUCGACUCAUGUUAAUCCCCAUUGUGUAUAGAGACGUCCCACGCGCAUUGAUGCGCAAGGUGCAUGCAUUUGUCUGUUUGAACUUGAAGUUGUUUUCUUUGAAAGAUUUGACAGUGAUCGUGAAUGCUUUUUAUAUAGGAAAGUUCAAUUAUGAUAAUACAGAUUUUUUAACUUCUGCAGCUCUUUACAAAGCACAGGAAAAUCUUGGUAGCAUGGGCAACGGACAACUAUCCAUACUCCUCAAGGUAUGCCACUUUCGCCGAGUCAGCAAUAUUGCAGCUUUGUCUGGUAUUGCAAAAGAUUUGAUGAAGGACGAGGAAGUUUUGAAAAAUAACUGCAGGAAUUUCAUGGACGUUUCACAAUUAUUGAAACAAUAUGCGAAAGCCAAACUUGACGUUCCUGAAUUUGUGACGGCUGUGUUAAGUGUAAUGCCAAAACCUGAAAUCGUCAAUAUGCAACUGAGUAAUGACGUCGGCAUAUUUAAACUGGGAGAAGAUCAAGCUCGCUAUGCAGUUCGGCUCAAAGAUAUUGGCACAUUAUCGUGGGCUCUUGGGUCUAUGACCUAUGAUAUAGACAACAGGACUGGCGUCCACUCCUAUUUAAGUGAAUUGUUCACUGCCAUUUAUAAUCCAGGGAACAGAAUGGACCAUAGAACUCUCAAGGAUUUCUUCUUUGGCCAAGUUGUUGCUGGAAGAUUUACACCCGUUUUCUUCAACUACAUGAAAGACACCAUUACCCAACAAUUGUUUGAAGAAUCAAAGAACAAAUAUACUGCAAAGCCCCGAGGAGUGUUGACCAUUUUACUUCGUGUUUCCAUGGAUAUUGAAUGUCCGGAAGUGAAACUACCGGAACUUCCCAGGGGUUUAAUGGAAAUGCAAAUGAAGACGAAUACUGCUGUAUUUGAUCAUCUACAAUUAAAAAGGAUCACCAACAGAUUAAAUGAAAUGCUGCAGGAAAGAUUGAUAGUAAUGCACACCAUCCUGCCGUACAUACCACUGCUCGCAGAAAUUCGUCUGGAUGAAAAUAACAGACCUGUAUCCUUUAAGCCAACAACAUAUGAAGGUCUGUUAGAAGAAAUGAAAAACAAGAAGUUGAUGUUGAGAAAAGGUAGACGAAUUGUGCUUCUGCUUUCGAACAAGGGGAAUUACAUGCUCAGCGCAGGGGACAUCACAAAUAGCGACCUAGGCCGACCUACUGGCAUGAACCUUCUCGCCAAGAGACAUCUACAAAAGCUUGGAUAUGAAUGUUUUAUGAUAUAUAACGAGUUAAUACCUUAUGAUGCAAUGCCCAAAUAUGUAUUGAAACAAUUGGUGUUUGAGUUUGGAGUGGAGCUGGAUACAGAAACUAUUAGAAGGUACAGAAUCUAUCAAGAUCUAAGGACAAAAGCAACGGAAAAGGGAUGAAGACCCACUUGGGAGUGUGUAAUGUUUAUGAUACAGAUCCACUUAAUGGGGGUGGACAGUGUACAAAGAUAUAAAUAUACUCAUGGGAGUGGACCAUGCAUCAGAUAUACACUUCAUGGGAGUGGACAGUGUACAAAGAUAUAAAUACACUCAUGGUGGUGAACCAUGCAUCAGAUAUACACUUCAUGGGAGUGGACAGUGUACAAAGAUAUAAAUACACUCAUGGUGGUGAACCAUGCAUCAGAUAUACACUUCAUGGGAGUGGACAGUGUACAAAGAUAUAAAUACACUCAUGGUGGUGAACCAUGCAUCAGAUAUACACUUCAUGGGAGUGGACAGUGUACAAAGAUAUAAAUACACUCAUGGUGGUGAACCAUGCAUCAGAUAUACACUUCAUGGGAGUGGACAGUGUACAAAGAUAUAAAUACACUCAUGGUGGUGAACCAUGCAUCAGAUAUACACUUCAUGGGAGUGGACAGUGUACAAAGAUAUAAAUACACUCAUGGUGGUGAACCAUGCAUCAGAUAUACACUUCAUGGGAGUGGACAGUGUACAAAGAUAUAAAUACACUCAUGGUGGUGAACCAUGCAUCAGAUAUACACUUCAUGGGAGUGGACAGUGUACAAAGAUAUAAAUACACUCAUGGUGGUGAACCAUGCAUCAGAUAUACACUUCAUGGGAGUGGACAGUGUACAAAGAUAUAAAUACACUCAUGGUGGUGAACCAUGCAUCAGAUAUACACUUCAUGGGAGUGGACAGUGUACAAAGAUAUAAAUACACUCAUGGUGGUGAACCAUGCAUCAGAUAUACACUUCAUGGGAGUGGACAGUGUACAAAGAUAUAAAUACACUCAUGGUGGUGAACCAUGCAUCAGAUAUACACUUCAUGGGAGUGGACAGUGUACAAAGAUAUAAAUACACUCAUGGUGGUGAACCAUGCAUCAGAUAUACACUUCAUGGGAGUGGACAGUGUACAAAGAUAUAAAUACACUCAUGGUGGUGAACCAUGCAUCAGAUAUACACUUCAUGGGAGUGGACAGUGUACAAAGAUAUAAAUACACUCAUGGUGGUGAACCAUGCAUCAGAUAUACACUUCAUGGGAGUGGACAGUGUACAAAGAUAUAAAUACACUCAUGGUGGUGAACCAUGCAUCAGAUAUACACUUCAUGGGAGUGGACAGUGUACAAAGAUAUAAAUACACUCAUGGUGGUGAACCAUGCAUCAGAUAUACACUUCAUGGGAGUGGACAGUGUACAAAGAUAUAAAUACACCCAUGGUGGUGAACCAUGUGGAAAAUAUUAUGGAUAGUGUAUGGGGUACACACUUCAAGAAAGUAGAUAUUCAAGGAAGUGGUAAGUGUAUGAGAUAGCAAUUCAUGGAAGUUGAUAGUGUAUUGGGUAUGCACAUCAUGAAUGUGGAUAGUGUA